AUGUCGGUCGCGCCGGCGGUGAAGCGCGAGCUGGAGUUGGAGGGCGGCGGCGGCAGCCCGGGCCGCAAGCGGCGCAAGCAGGCCGCGCCUGUGCGCGCUGCGCCCGCGCCGCUGCCCGCGCCGCCGCUCGACCUGCACGCCAAGAUGGCCGACAUCUACAAGAGCGCGCUCGCCUUCGGGGAGCUUACCCUCCCCGCCUUUGAUCCCCUCGCCGCCUUCCGCCUGCUCCCCCGACACGAUCCACCUCGCAUAUUCAACCCCGAAGCCUACUGCGACCUCUGCUGCAAGGAGUUCUGCAAUAAAUAUUUCCUGAAGACCCACAGGGCUAACAAACACGGGAUCUACGACGGGAACGACCCGCAGCCCGCGGCCCCGCCCCCCGCGCAUCCGUCACCACCGCGGCGAGCUUCAGAUGAGGAGUCAGGAGGGACUCCAAGACGUUUGUCGCCGGACUCAGCGAGACGCGCGCGCGAAUCCGGAUUUGCGCCUGAUGCGUUGAGGAGACUUGGUGUCGUCAAUCCCGAAGCGUUUUGUGAGAUAUGCUGCAAGGAGUACUGCAACAAAUACUUUCUGAGAACGCACCGGGAGCGAAGGCACGGGGUGCCGCCGCUAAGAUCGCCCGUCGAGCGUUCGCCCACAGGGACAACUCCGCCGAACAUGCUCGGCACUCCGCUCGGGACCCCGCUAGGCACGCCACUGCCGACGCCGCUCGCCACUCCACCGGCUUUAUCCGCUCCACCGCCGGACACACCACCCCGGUCGCAUUCCCUACCUCCGCCGUACGAUACAGAGGAGAUAACGGAAGUCAAACGCGAAUGCGAAGAAGAGCUAGAGCAGGCGCUGCGUGACGGGCAGACGAGUCCUUUGAACCUUAUAGUGGAAGAGCGUGGGGUGUCGUCCCCAGGGUCGGCAAGCGAGGAGCUGCGCAAGCUACAGACGAUGAUAUCGCAGCUCAACGAGCUGGCGGCGGAGCGGCUGGCGGAGGAGCCUGGCGAGCAGCCGCGGCCUCCGUCAUCCUCACCACCACCGCCCGACGAGCGACGUGCCUCCUCCUCCGGCUCCAGUUUCUGCGAGAUCUGUAACAAGGAGCUCUGUAACAAGUACUUCAUGAGGACGCACAUGCAGCGCAUGCACGGCAUCUCACUGGAGAGCGGCACGCAGCUGGGCGGCGUCACGUGCGAUAUCUGCCACAAGGAGCUGUGCAGUAAGUACUUCCUACGCGUACACAAGCAUAACACGCACGGCAUCCCCGCGCCGCCCGCGCCAGCCAGCACCUCGCCAGCCGAGCCGUGCCCGCUGUGCGCGCGCCGCUUUCGUGGCCCGCGGGCCCUGCGCGCCCACCUGCUCGCAGAACAUGCUCCGCCUGCCCGACCGCCGCCUCCGCCGCCGCGACCACUCGAUCUCCUCGCGAGAGACAAACCCUACGCGUGUUCCUACUGCCCCUUCACCACCGACGUGCUCGCGUUCCUGUUCGCGCACGAGCGCGCGCACGCUCAGCAGCAAGCGAACGAGAUCGCCCAGGAUAACGGGAGCGAGACGAACGUCGGCGAGGUUGAGACCGAAAGCGGCUCCGGGGAGGCGAUGGAAGCGUCCGAGGCUGACGGCGACGCGCAGUAUUCGUGCUCCCGCUGUGAGUUCCGGGCGGAGGGCUUUGCGGCGCUGGAAGCGCACCUACGCGCGGCUCAUGGCGGCGCGGGCGCGCUGCUGGCGGUGCCACGUGCGCCGCAGGCUCCACUCACGAUGCAGCCCUUCGUGGUGGAGGAGGCGGGCGGCGCGCUCAGCCUGGUGCCGGCGCUAGUGUUCCUGCCGGUGCGGCGCCGCGCCACGCGCCGCGCCACCGUGACGCUGACGCUGACGCCGGCCUAG